AUGGACUCCGCCUACCAUGGCCGUCCACCGACCCGUCGACGCGCCCUCGGCGAUGCCUCCAGCCGUGCCAACGAGAGCAACAACACGCAGCGCCGGGGAGACAAGUAUAGCAGUGACUACAUUCCGUCCUCAUCACCCAACCAGCUACCCCACAACGAGUCGAUUGUGCCCAAUGGCACCCUCGCGGUAAGCCAAGAGCAGCCAUCCCCUGAAAACAAACGCCUUUCUGCCGUGCUUGCCCACGAAGCACGCCCGCACAAUCCCAAGCGCGACUCAAACAUCUCCAACGCGAGCACCAAUGCCUCAAACACAACCCGUCGCCGCAAGACACACAUCGGCCCAUGGCAGCUCGGCCGGACCAUCGGUCGCGGUGGCUGCUCGCGUGUGCGGCUCGUCAGGCACAGCGGGACGGGGCAGUAUGGCGCUGCGAAAAUCAUCUCAAAGGCUACGGCAGAGAAGGUGCGCGCGCUGAGCUUGGCGAACCUAAUCCAGAGUGCUGAGCAGGAUCCGACACUGUACCCUGACGGCAAGGUGAUUCCGUUUGGCUUGGAGCGUGAGAUUUGCAUAAUGAAGCUGUUGGAUCAUCCGAACAUUGUCCGCCUGUAUGAUAUCUGGGAGAAUCACAAUGAGCUCUACCUAAUCAUGGAGUUCAUCGAAGGCGGCGAGUUGUUCAGCUACAUUCACGAGCAGGGCGGUCUGAUUGAGAUCCACACUGUACAUAUAUUCCGGCAAAUCAUUGCGGCCCUGAUUUACUGCCACCGCAUCAAUAUCCAUCAUCGCGAUCUCAAGCCUGAGAACAUCCUGCUGGAUCGGGAGACUAUGACAGUUAAGCUGGUCGACUUUGGCAUGGCUGCAUUACAACCGACUGGCAAGAAGCUCACUACACCCUGCGGCAGCCCUCAUUACGCGGCACCCGAAGUUAUCAAGACUAUUUCUUAUGAUGGAGCAAAGGCCGAUGUCUGGAGCUGUGGUGUCAUCCUCUAUGUCUUGCUCACAGGAACACCACCCUUCAACUAUUCGGGCGAGGAUCGACACCUCAAGAAUCUAUUUCAGGACAUUGCAGCCGCCAAGUAUGUCAUGCCGGAUGGCCUUUCAAGGGAGGCGCAAGAUCUCAUCAAGCGGAUUCUAGUCGUAGAUCCUAAGCGCCGGAUAGGCCUAGACGAAAUCUGGAAUCACCCAUUCCUGCGCAAAUACCAACACGAACUCAACUUUGUGGGCGAGAACACCAGCCAAGACCAUUGGACAGGACCUCUUCCAGCAAUCGCGGAGUGGACGACGUUAGAGCGAACGACGAUUGACCGGGAGAUACUGCGGUACUUGCGGACCCUGUGGCAUAGUGAGCGGGAGGAGGUUCUCAUCCAGCGUCUCAUGAGUACAGAAGCCAACCAAGAGAAGUACUUUUACUCCGCGCUUCGAAAGUACCAUACCGACCAGCUGGAGAACUAUCAACCUAGCGCUCAUCACCCUGUGGUGCAUUCCAAGAGCGAUCAUCACCAUAAUACGCGCCAUUCUCCCACCCCGCAGGACCUGGAGAAGCUGCCAUCAAAGAAGCACAAGCGCACCCAGUCAGGCUACUCGAUCCUCAAUAACGAGCAUCUGUAUUCAAAGCAUAGCUUCUACGAGUCGCCUGUUUCUGAAGCCAGCUACGAUCCAUUCCGAGCUUCGAGGCAGCCUAUGAUUCCUGAACAAGCCAUCGUCCACCAGAAUGUCACAGUACACCGUGGACCCAGCAGCCCUAGUCGUAGACCACGACCAGCUGCAUCCAUGGGUCAUCGCACCGGGAGUUCAUUACGUAUUCAAGCUUUGCGAAACUCUAAGCGCAGCUCUGCCAUGUCGCGUGGCUCUUCGAACCGAAGCACUCCUUCUCGCCGUUCCAUUUCUAUCAAGCAACGAUCCGUGUCGCGCUCAUCUCUCGCGAGCUCACACUGGCCCAGUAGUCCUCCCGUCGUUGCUCGCUCUGGCGGCCUAGGACGUCGAGGUGUGAGUUUUUCACACCUGCGCGAUCGCCGUUCUUCGGUAGCAACAGCUAGUACCUUUGAGACCGACACCGUAGCCUACGCAGACUACACGUCUUCUCAUCGGCCCCACACUUCCAUAGGAUCGUACGGCUCGUCUCUUCGAUCAAGCACAGCUCGCCAAUCUCCUGCUUUCAGAUCCAAGUCCAGGGGCCCCGCAAGCAUAGAGGCGCCUCGUCUGAAGAUUCGAAAGCCAGAGAGCCCGACCAAGUAUAUUCAGGGUGAGGCUAGAAAGGUCAGCAUGGAACUCGGAAAAGUUAUGGAAGAGGCCUUCAACCGCUCGUCGAUCAGCUCCAGCAUCCGUACCACGGGCACAGGUACCGAGCUCCACCGGGAUAUUUCGCAGUAUGAUACCCCUCCCACUUCUUUCUCCAAUACCAGGGACUCAGGAGGAAGCACAUUGGCUACUCCGAAUACAAAGGCAAUGCUGGCACAGCGACCUCUUCCACCGAUCCCGGCCGAGACGCCCAAUACGUUCUUGCAGCGCAAGUUGGCCGAGACGCGCGCAGAGAUUGCCCGCCGGCUCGAUGAGGAUGGUGAUAACACGGAACAUUUCAAUGAAGUUCUCGAGCACCUCGAUCGUUUGAUAGUACCUGGCGCCCAUGGCAAGCGUACGGUUUCUGCUCCCCCAAAGUCUCCUGAGCACCCUGCGCCGCUGCAUGUGAUUCCCGAGGAAGCCGACUUCAUGAAGUCUGAUGGCGGAGAUGGGUUUGAGACCUACAGUCCCCAUUAUCGUGCUGUCACUGAUCCUAUCAGUCUACAAAGUCGUCGUGCAGUAACCGAGCAGCAGACUAUUCGUCUCGUCAAUGAUUCGCCCACUCGUGUUGCUCCUCUCAACAUCCGCAAGCGAAGUGGUGCGAGCAUUGCAUCCAAGGCUGCGAAAGAAGCGUCUGCUGUGCCUUGGCCUGGGCCAAUCGGGAACACUCCAGUUCGCUCGUAUCAGGACGUGCAGAAUGACCUGCUUGCUGCACGUACGAACGAGGUCGCUCCUACAUUGGAGAAGCAAAACACAGUCAUCAAGAAGAAGAAGUCGCUAUGGUUCCGUCGCAACACGGAAGAGAAGGAUCAAGAGCAGGAGAAAUUCGAGAACCAGGUCAAGAAGAAGCAAUCGACUAUACUCCUCCAAAUCCCAGUGGCGUGGCAAGGCCUCGACGACCGCAUCAAGAACGAUGCGCCACAAAUUGAAAACACUGGCGUCGAUAUUAAUAAGCACACCCAAAAGUACUCAGAAGCCAGCAACGGAAGCGAGUUUCCCAUGCGUAAUAGUAAUAUAGCCGCUGCUAAGAGUGAUGGCGCGCUACGCAAGGGCUUCUUUGGUCUCUUUGGCAAGAAGACGAAGGAGGAGAAGGGCAAGAAACCUAUGGAAUUGGGCGCAGUCAACUUCAGCUCCUCUUCUAUUCUCUCCGCUUUCGACCUUGGUCCUGAACACAACAACACCAAUGACAACACAGUCCGCACCGGCCCUCCAGAGAUGCAAAUGAACUGGCUUAGUCGCUUCCUGCACAUCAAACCUGCUUGCCAUACGCUCUGCUUCCACAUUGGCCGCGGCAAGGUCCGUCAAGAUCUUGUUCGCCUGCUGCGGGAUUGGCAGCGCUUUGGCGUUCGCGAUGUCUCGCUCGACCGCGAGACGAAUGUCAUCAAUGCACGUGUUGACAAGAACAACCACCUCAAGAUCAAACCAGUCUCGUUUGUCAUUGAACUCUUCGUUGUUCUGGAGCAUGGGCGACGCGCCAGUCUUUGCCUGGCGCGCUUCACGCAGACGCGUGGUGCGGCUUCAAGUUUCCGCAAAGUCGUCGAUAUUGUCGAGGACGUCUGCCGGGCUCGGGCCAUGCUGGUUGAAGAUGAGGAGAAGAAGGCGGCUAUGAUGGAGGUCUUGGAUUAG